AUGGCCUCUGUAAGCAAACUAUUGCUUGGUUGUACAUUAGUGGUGACAGUUGUUGCUCUCAUACUUGCACACCUGACACUCAGCAAAGAGAUUCGCUUGAAGGAUUUGAAAAAACUCUCUCGCCCAAUUAAGAAGGCAUGUUAUUCGUAUGACGGCCAAUCAUUCCCAAGAUUGACUGGUGCAGCUUACACGGACGGCGUGAGGGUUCCUCCACGUCAAAAGCAUUCUGCUAGAGAACUCAGUAACGUGUUUUGUAAACAAGAGAAGUGCGACACUAGCAACAAGUUUGGUGUUAGUGCCAUGUUCUAUGCUUUUGCUCAAUUCAUUGACCACGAUAUUGACUCCAUGGCUUUAGGAAGAAACAGUGAAACGUUCCCAAUUCCUGUGCCACCAGGUGACAGAUUUUCAACACCAACCAUUCCUUUCACAAGAGGUACCUUCUCUUCAGAAAAGACUAUUUUCAUUGGACAACCAGUCAAUCAAGUGAACGUUAUUACUGGUUACAUGGACUGUUCUCAAAUUUAUGCCAGUGACCCAAUUAAGGCCAAAGCACUGCGUACUUUGGAAGGAGGAUUAUUGAAAGUGAACAAUGUCUUUGGUGAAGAAUUCCUUCCAAAUUCAUUCCCUCACACCAAUGGCAAAUUCUUCUCAGGCGGUGGAAAUAACAGUAUUAUUGCUGGAGAUGAUCGUGUCACUGAGUCAUUGCCAAUCACCAUCAUGCAAACCCUCUUCCUUAGAGAGCACAACAGAUUGGCUCGCCUUGUAAGAAAGAGAUUCAAAAUUUGCAAGAAGAGUGCCAAAAAGAAGCAUGUCGACGAGUACAUUUACCAAACUGCUAGAUCUAUCAAUUGCGCUCAAAUUCAGUCCAUUACCUAUCGUGAAUUUCUUUCUAAAUUGUUGGGUAAUAGCAAAAUUAAUCCUUACAAGUUGAAAUUUAAUCCAGAUAUCGAUGUGACACCAUCUAACGAAUUUGCCACCGCUGCUUACAGAUUCGGCCACUCACUCGUGUCCUGUCAGCUUCAUAGAAUCGAUGACAAGGGUAAUGAAAAGGAUCCUGUUGAAUUUAAGGAUGCAUUCAACGCUUUUAGAAGACUUACCAACACUCAAGGCGAACUCGAGAUGAUUACCAGAGGUUUGUGUAUCCAGCCGUCACAAAAUCUUGAUGAAAAGAUUGCUGAUGGGCUUAGAGAUUUCUUGUUUGGUCCCAAUGUUCGUUUGGAUCUAGCUGCGAAUAACAUUCAACGAGGACGUGAUGCAGGUCUUCCAUCCUUCAACGACAUGAGAAAGAGUUUAGGCCUCCAGCCACUCACAGCCUCUGACAUGGCGUCAAAUGCUGAACUCCGUGAAAAGCUUGUCAAAUACUUUGGAGAGGAUUUGAAGGAUCUCGAUCCAUGGUUGGGUAUGCUUAUUGAGCCAAAGAAAGGAAAUUCUCAACUCGGUAGCUUGGGCACCAAGAUUAUUAAGGAUCAAUUUGAAGCAUUUGUGAAGGGAGACCCAUGUUUCUACUCUCACCAAAGACAAGCAUGGAUGAAGAAAGUCAGAAAAGCCGUUGACCGUGUAACACUCUCUGAUAUCAUUGCUGCCAAUACCAAAAUCUCAAGAAAUGACAAGGCCCUCUCUAGAUCUGCUUUUGAAAACAAGGUUUAA